AUGGAAGCCGGCGCCAACGUUGUUGUUCAUUCACUUGCAAUCAGCCCUAUCGAAAAAAUCAGCAAAGUCGCAACUCUAAGUUUUCAUACCCUCCCAAACUGUCUGUCCGACUGCUCUCGAAAUGAAUGGGUAUUCAACCUCCCGGCGGACGAAACUUCAGAGGAGGAUGGCUUCAGCCGGAGAAAAUCACUUGUGUUCGAUACUCAUUUCUCGGGUUUUACGCCUCUUCAACAUACCAAGAACGAUGACUGCUAUGUGGAUGUAAUCGCAAUAUCCGGUCUCGGCGGACACGCGUUUGGUUCUUUCAAAGAGAGACAUGGGUCCUUUAUGUGGCUCCGUGAUGCUCUCCCAAUAGAUGUUCCCGGUGCAAGGAUCUUAAUCUAUGGAUAUGACACUCGACUCAUUCGGAGCAGGUCAUUUCAGAACUUAACGGACUUGGGCAAAGCUCUUCAAAUCGACAUAAAGGGCGUUCGGGAGCUCACCCAAACUCGUCCCACAGUUUUCAUUGGACACAGUCUCGGUGGUCUUGUGAUUAAAGAGGCUAUAGUCAAGUUGAAAGAAGAAUUGGACGAGAAAGAUGCAUCAAUACUGAAGUCUACUUCUGGAUUCCUGUUCUUCGGUGUUCCUCACCAAGGGAUGGCUAUUGAAUCACUCGUUCCUUUGGUUAAAGACAACCCUAACAGGAGUCUUCUUGAGUCGCUCAAUAAGAAUUCAGCACUCCUUCAACGCCUCGAAAAAGACUUCAGCAAUGUAUUCGGCACAAAACGUCUUCGAAUUGUCUCCUUCUACGAAACGGAGAAUUCCCCCACUGCAGUCGAGAUGGAAGAUGGAAAAUGGGAACUCUCCGGAGAUCCUAAAGUGUUAGUUGACGUCUCAUCCGCGACAUGCGGCACACCAACACAGCUUUCGGAUGAGAACAUUGGCUUGGAUGAACAGAUCACGAGGUCUUUUCUGGGUCAAAGAAAUCCCGGGGCUGGAAAGUCCGUUCUCAUGAAGUACGCCGUUACAAUGAUGCAUAGCAGAAAGUCCCGGGAGCUCGUUGUGUCCUUUUUUAUUCACGGUCGAGGAACGCCUUUGCAGAAGAACCUACUAGGUCUAUUCCGUGCAUUACUGAACUCCAUGCUCAUAUCCUUCCCGGAGUAUCUCUCUCAGCUCACUAAACGGUUUCAUGACCAGGAGAGACGAUUCGGGACAUACCAGGAGAAUAGAUGGGCUUGGACCAAAGAAGAACUUCAAGAUUUCAUGUCUGAGGUUUUGACCAAAGGGACGAGGAACCGGCCUGUAGUCAUCUUCGUUGACGCGAUUGAUGAAUGUGGAGAAUUUCAUGCCAAACACCUGUUGGAAUACUUCAAAAGCCUCAUGAACAAAGUUGAACGCGAAGAAGCGCAGAUGGAGAAGGAGAUCUUGUUGAAGGCUCAAGGAGGAUUCCAAUGGGUAGUCUUAAUCACUUCAAUGGUGAUUGAUGGAAACACAAUUGGCAUCAAGGCGGAGAAGCUGCACGAGAUGAUCACAACUACCCCGGAAGCCCUUGACGAGUUGUACAGCAACAUUUUGAGCGGCGUUACUGGAGCCGAAAAUCAUCAGAUGACCAAGCUGUUCCAGUGGGUUCUAUUUGCUGAACGACCCUUAUCCGCACAAGAGCUUCGGGAGGCGCUUGCUACAGAUAAAGACAUGACUUACACGACUGUCUCCGAACUCAGAAACCACGACAGCUGGUCCGAUACUUUGGAGGAUUUCGAAAAGCACGUUAGACACAUUUCCAGAGGCUUGGUGGAAUUCCGCACCCGUGACCUUUGGGAGCAAUACGAACCUGGCGGAGAAGACUGGGAUCGGGAAGUUCAGUUCGUCCACCAAUCAGUCGCUGACUAUAUACUCGAGAAGUUUCUCAACCAUGUGAGACUUGGGGAUGCCUCUCAAUCUCAAAUCGGAACUGGCCACUUUGAAAUAUCGAGGUCCUGUCUCAGAUACAUGGCAUUGAGGGAGGUGUUAGAAGGGGCUCAGCUAUCUCGCGGCACAUUCUCAGCAAGAUUUCCAUUAGUACCAUAUGCAGUGCGUUUUCUGUUCCACCAUAUCAGGGAGGUGGAGCGGGAAGGAAUUUCUCAACAUGAUCUCCUCCAGCUCAUUCAAUGGGAUCGACAAUCUGAAUUCAUGAGGAAAAUUGCGAGCAUAUGGAGAGUCAUGGAUCCUAAUAACGCCCACUCACCCACGGGGUGGCCCUUCAUUGGAGCAACGCCGCUGCAUGUCCUGGUUGCACUUGGCUCGAAAAGCGCCUUCGACGCACUCCUGCAGAAAGAUGAUGUAGAAGUUGAUGGUAGAGACUCGGACGGCAAUACACCACUACUUCUCGCCCUCAGAGAUUGCCACCAAAAUAUGGCACUCACGCUGCUGAAUCGGUCGACCGAGUGGCAGCAGCCUCGAAACGAGGCGAUUAACCAAGGCAUCAUUCAGGACAAAGACACAGACGACCGAAGUAACCACUUUGUGGACAUCAAUGCGGAAAAUAAUGACGGCGAGACACCGUUGAUGAUUGCCCUAACAGUGGACGCCGAGGAGGUGAUCUGGAAGUUGAUUGAGGCGGGUGCUGAUCUUUUUAAGCAGCAGACCUGGCUCAUUUUCUAUGCCAUUGGAUUCAAUAAAAGCUUCGAAGACAAGGACGAGGAUGAGCGUGAUGAUGAAGCACUUCUCUUAGCUUCACGAAGAGGUCAAACGGCCAUAGUCAAUCUCCUCUUGUCACACGGCAUAUCUGCAACUUGGCGAGACAAACACGGGGAUUUUCCAUUACUGGUGGCUGCAGAAAAUGGCUAUGAGACUAUCGUGAAGCUGCUUCUCGAGAACGGAGGGGACGUUGACGCCAAAGAUACGUUAAAUUAUGGCUAUGCUUCGCUGAUGAGGGCUCUUCAAAAUGGCCACGAGGCAGUGGCAAGGUUUCUUAUUGACAAAGGAGCCGGCGUUAAUGUCAGCGAUAUAAAUGGAUUAUCAUUGCUCUCGUGGACCGUAUUAAGGGACUUUGAGACAGUGGUAAAGUUUCUUAUUACCAAUAAGGCUAACAUUAACGUUACUGAUAAAGAUGGAGCAUCGUUACUCUUAUGGGCCUUACAGAGUGGCCGUGAGGCAGUAGCGAGCCUUCUGAUUCGUAAUGGAGCCAACAUAAGCGCAAGUGAUAAAGAUGGGUUGACACCACUCUUAUGGGCCUCACGGAAGGGCUACGAGGAAGUAGUGAGGCUUCUGAUUUAUAAUGGAGCCGACAUCAAUGCCAGCGGUAAAGAUGGGUCGACACCACUUUCAUGGGCUUCACAGAAUGGCCAUGUGGCAAUAGUGGAGCUUCUUAUUCAUACUGGAGCUGAUAUUCAUGCCAGUGAUAAAGAUGGGAUAACAUCACUCUCAUGGGCCGUACGGAAUGACUUCUAUGGAGUCGCAUGGCAUCUUGUUAAUAGUGGAGCUAAUGUAAAUGCCAGCGAUAAAAAUGGAUUAACACCACUUUCAUGGGCCUCACAGAAUGGCUCUAAGGAAAUAGCAAUGCUCUUGCGCCGCAACAACAGAGGCCCUUUUUUGGAAUAG